CCUCCAUCUUCUUUUCCUUGUGUAUUACCACCACAAUACCAAUUUCUUCAAGGAAAUCAGCAGACAUCUGAAACCAAAGAAAACAAUUUAUUAACACUAUGGCUUCCUCUUCCUGCUGUGUUUCUUCAGCCAUUGCCCUUUCCUCCUCACCCAGCUCUCAGAAGGCUGGAGCCAUUGUUGGAAUUCCCAAGGCUUCUUUCCUUGGUGGUAGUGGAUCAAGAAAGCUUAGAAUAACCAAAAAGACCACACCAUCUGGAUUAGCACGAUCAGUCACUGUCUCCGCUCUUGCUGACCCUGAUCGACCCCUCUGGUUCCCCGGAAGCACUCCACCUGAAUGGCUCGACGGCAGCCUACCUGGAGAUUUUGGAUUUGAUCCAUUGGGUCUUGGAUCUGACCCUGAAACGUUGAGAUGGAUGCAUCAGGCUGAGAUAGUUCACAGCAGAUGGGCAAUGUUGGGGGCUGCUGGAAUCUUCAUUCCAGAAUUCUUAACCAAGAUUGGCAUCCUCAACACUCCUUCAUGGUAUACAGCCGGUGAGCAGGAAUACUUUACUGACAAGACAACCUUGUUCAUUGUCGAGCUCAUUUUCAUCGGAUGGGCCGAAGGGAGAAGAUGGGCUGACAUCAUCAAGCCUGGAAGUGUUAACACUGACCCAAUAUUCCCCACCAACAAGCUUACCGGAACAGAUGUUGGUUACCCGGGUGGGCUUUGGUUCGAUCCUCUAGGCUGGGGAAGUGGUUCUCCUAAGAAAAUCAAGGAGUUGAGGACUAAGGAGAUCAAGAACGGACGGUUAGCCAUGUUGGCUGUUAUGGGGGCCUGGUUCCAAGCUAUCUAUACUGGAACUGGACCCAUUGAUAACCUUUUUGCUCACCUUGCUGAUCCUGGUCACGCCACCAUCUUUGCUACAUUCAGCCCUAAGUGAUGUGGAAUCUGGCGUGCUUAUUGUGCUGGAAAUUCGUCGAUUGUUUGACAAAUUUGGUGUUUGUAAUUGGCACACGUUAUAUAUUGUUGUUUUUUUUCUUCGUCUGCUGUAGGAAGAGCAUGCAUUGUACAAAUACCUCUAAAUAUGGAAUAUAUUUGCAGCUAAUUAUAACAACAGUAAGAGUUUCUAGA